CGAUCGGCGGGCAAUGGGCGACCAACCCUCAAUGGAGUACUGGCUGUCCGGAGCUGCUUCAUUAGGACAAACCGACUCGUAACAGCAAAUAUGGCUGGCAAAGCAGUUAAGCUACUUAUAAUAGGCGAAAGUCAAGUUGGCAAAUCCAGUCUCCUUUGUCGAUUCGUUGACAAUAAAUACGAGGACAACGGGAAGACCACAGUUGGCGUAGACUUUAAGCGCGCCGUAAUAUGUGUGGAUGGUACAGAAUACAAGGUGGCACUGUGGGACACAGCUGGCGCCGAACAAUAUCGCUCCAUAACACCCAAUUUCUAUCGCAAGGCGCACGGCGCCAUUCUCGUCUACGACAGCACCAGGCGGGAGACUCUCGUCAAACUGAAGCAGUGGUUCGAAGAUCUGGAAACUUAUUGCCACAAUCCCAACAUUGCCAUCAUGGUCGUUGGCAGCAAAAUCGAUGAGAAACGUGUUGUGGAUAGUGAGGAGGGUCGCAAAUUUGCACGCGAUCAUGGCGCUCUCUUCAUCGAGACAUCGGCCAAAUGCGAUCUGUUUGUCAAAGAUGCGUUCAAUCAAAUUGUCAAAAAGAUUGUUUCGUCGAAACAUUUUGACAACGGCAGCGAUUCAAGUCCUUCUGCUUCUGCUUCUCCUUCUUCAUGCUGUUGAUUCUUUGGAAUUAUCAGGCGUCAUUUGCAGCACGCCAUUGUUCCAUGCUUUUCAAAAUAAUAGUAGUAACCAAAAGUGCCAAAUAUAUUCAGUAUGAGUAAUAUGUUAACCUAUAGCUGUUGUUUGCGCUAUCAGCUUUUUGAUAGCUUUAUUUUCCAAUUAACAACACUAAGUUAUUUCCACGUUAUAAACUUUGUUGAGUGUAUUUAGACUGGAAGCCAAAUGCUUAGUCUUUUCUUAAAGAUUUGAAGCCACUUGCUAAGCCUUCUCACAACGAGAAUAAUUAUAAACGACCGAUAAGCUAGAGCUAUUCGAAAGAACUAACUAGCUGCAGCAGCCGGCCGAUCAGCCAACGCACUUUAUCCAGAGAGAGAGCGAGAGAGAGCGCUGCACAAAGAGAGCGCUGUACAAUGAGAGCGCUGCUAACGCUGGCUGCUGCGGCUCAAACUGCACUUAACAUCACGUGCAUACAUAUUAAGACUAACUAUAAGCUAUUUAUAUUAAGCCACGCAGGGCACCAAAUCCAAGCAUGUUAACAACUCAUAAACAAUUAAAUGUCUUUGCUGCUGCUGCCAACAGCUGUAUUUAA